AUGUCACUUGGUAUUAAUUUAAGAGUAACUGGUCACAGUAAUCAAGCAGCUAAAUUUGCUAAAGAUCAUUUAUUACGUGAAAUUGUUAAUAAUAAAUUAUUUUGGUCAAAAUAUGAUUCAGAUGUAUUAAGAGCAAUACGUGAAGGUUAUAUAUCAACACAUUAUGCUAUGUGGCGUGAACAAGAAAAAUGGCCAAAAACUGCUACAGGCUUACCUAGUACAGCUGGGACAACAGCAAGUGUUGCAUUUAUCUUUAGGAAAAAAAUUUAUAUAGGUCAUGUAGGUGAUUCUGGAAUUGUGUUAGGAUAUCAAGAAGAUGGAGAAAAAUGUUGGAAAGCGAAACCAUUAACACAAGAUCAUAAACCAGAAUGUAAUGUAGAAAAAGCUCGAAUUAUUAAUGCAGGCGGUAAAGUUGUUACAAAAUCUGGAGUGCCAAGAGUGGUAUGGAAUCGUCCAAGAAUAGGUCAUAAAGGUCCAGUACGUCGAAGUACACCAUUUGAUGAAAUUCCAUUUCUUGCUGUAGCUAGAAGUUUAGGCGAUUUAUGGAUAUUUGGUACUGAUGGUUUGUGGAACGUAGUAACACCAGAUCAAGCUGUUGAUAUGGCACGUGAUGCAGAAAUAGUUAAUGAACGUUUAAUGUUUAUGGGUGGUAAUAGUAGUGAAUGGACAAAUCCAAGUAAAUUUUUAGUAGAAAAAGCAUUAGAAAGAUGGAGUGUAAGGCGAAUGAGAGCUGAUAACACAUCUGUAAUAACAGUAUUCUUAGAUCAACCAGGUCAACCAAAGAAAAGUGUCACUGGUAAUAAUAAUGGUAUUAUUGAUCGUUGGAGUAAUACAACUAGAUAUGAACUAAAAUAUGAAAUGGAAAAUGAAUAUAAUCCUGAACAUGUAAUAUAUAAUCGAUACAAUGAGAUGGAUUCGAAUGAUGUACUAUCAAGUUGUCAUACAGAAAAUCAACAAGACUAUUAUUAUGAUCAGUAUGGAGCAUCAUCUUCUACAUCUAUAAUGGACAGAGAACAUAUUUUAAGUUCGUCCGGACAUGAAAUUAAUGGUAAUGAACUAUGA